AUAAACCAAUGCUUUAAUUGUCGUCUAAUUAUACAAUAAAUUGCAAAUCAAUUCACAAUUUAAUAACAAAAAGAGUGAAUCCAAUGGAGGAAAGGGAAGAAAAGGAGAUAAUUGUGCAGAAGUAUCAACGAGGGAGAGAUCAAUUGUCGGCCAAAGAGAUUGACGAGUGGGAGGACCCGCAGUACGAGAUCUAUCACGUGACCGAUCGAUACGGUUUUAUUCAUGAUAAUCGUUUGCCCGAAAAGUUGUCUGACUUUGAAAACAAAAUUCGAGUCCAGGAGAACACACGGCUUAACAAAUGGCUUAAAAUGUUGAAGUCUUGGGAACAAUACUUUCCUAAUUCGGAUAAAUUGCGGACAAGAGUUUAUAAAGGGAUCCCAAACGCGGUUCGGGGCGAAGUGUGGGCACGACUUCUCAAUAUAAGUCGACUCAAACAAGAACAGGACGGCAAAUACAAUGAAAUGCUUGCCUACGGUUUGGAUAGUUCUCCAGACAUCAGGCAAAUUGAUUUGGAUGUGAACCGCACCUACAGAAACCAUAUCAUGUUUAGAGAACGUUAUAAUACUAAACAGCAAAUGUUGUUUAGAGUGUUAGUCGCCUAUAGUGUCUAUAAUUCGGAAAUUGGUUACUGUCAGGGAAUGUCACAAAUAGCAGCUCUUUUACUUAUGUAUAUGAAUGAAGAGGACGCAUUUUGGUCACUGUCCGCACUCAUGGUGGACGACAAACACGCAAUGCAUGGCUUUUUCAUCCCUGGGUUUCCAAAACUGAUCCGUUUUGCUCGACAUCACGACGCGAUUACUCAAAAAUUCUUACCAAAACUCUCUAAACUCUUUAAGAAAUACGAUAUCGACUCAACACUCUAUACAUUAAAGUGGUUUUUCCAGUGUUUUCUCGAUAGAGUUCCCUUCUCUUUGACUUUAAGACUUUGGGAUUGCUUUCUAUAUGAAGGAGAGAUCAUAUUGACGGGAAUGAGCUAUACUUUACUUAAACUUCACAAAAAUACACUUCUUAGGAAAGGAAUGGAACAGUUGAUUGAGUUCUUACAAAUUGAGUUGGAAAAGGAUUUUGGCUAUCGAGACGAUCAGGCAAUCACUGCUCUCCAACAGUCUAUUACAGACCUCAGAAAACACAAUAUGUUGUCUCCGAGAGAAGGGCCGACACAAUUAGAGUUGCCGUCGCGUCCUUUUGGACUAAUACUUCCUCCGAACCGAAGAAAUUCCUUCUUGAAUGACAACAUAAGUAUUGCUGGAAGUAUUAUCUUAAGGCCAACAGACAAUGUAUCUCUCGCUCAGACGUCGAGAACGGGCAGCGAAGUCGGCAGCGUUUCAGACAUAGAACACGAUGCGGAAGAGCUGAAACUCCAGCGAUCGAUAUCUAUAUACGAUAACGUAGGCAUUGAUGAGUCCAUAGAAGCGGCCAAACGGUUGAGUGCUGUUGACGGCCAACACCAGAGACCCCGGAGUAGAGAAAGCAAACAACUAUCAGCUCAAAGCCAUGAAUCAGACACUCAUUUGUCUUACAAUGAAGUGAAAGAAAGUACUCAACGAAAUGAAAAUAUUGUUGAAUCGAUUCAAACAAAUGAAAAAAGCGAUUCAAAUGUCACCGAUUUUAAGGACAGCAAAGAUAGUGUUUUUGUCGAUUCGGUUUUGCAAACAAAUCAUAUGAAAAGUGAUGCAAAUAUUGAUAAUUCAAUAAAUUAUACUAAAAAUAUUUCACAAGAUUUGAGUCAAACUAAACAAACGAGUUCUGAGUCGACACACAAUGAGACCAUAUCUACACUCAACGGAAACACGAGUCAUAUUAAGUCUGAAAAUGAAUUUUAUAACAAAACUGAAAAGACUAACGAAGAGACAAGCGUUCAAACGAUUACCACUUCAUCUAAUGCUGAAAAUUACAAUACGUUUAGCACUGAAAACGAGAGACAAGAGUUGUUUGAAAGGAACGAAUCAACG